AUGUCGAAGGAUUCGCUGACAGUCACGGACAAUCGUACCGGCCAAACGUACGAGCUACCCAUUGAGAAUGGCACCAUCCGCACGAUGGAUCUGCGUGCGAUCAAGGUCGACGACGACGACUUUGGCAUCAUGGGAUACGACCCCGCGUACAAGAACACGGCGUCUUGUCAGAGCAACAUCACCUUCAUCGAUGGUGACAAAGGCAUCCUGAACUACCGCGGCUACCCGAUCGAGCAACUCGCCGAACAGUCGAGUUUUCUCGAGGUUGCCUACCUGCUUCUCGAAGGGGAGCUUCCGAACCGCGAACAGAAAGAAGACUUCGAGCACGAGAUCAUGACGCACACGUUCGUUCACGAGAACGUGCGUAAGUUCAUGGAUGGCUUCCGCUACGACAGCCAUCCCAUGAGUCAGAUCAUCUCGACCAUCGGUGCGCUAUCGAGCUUCUACCCGGAGGCCAAACACAUCGAGAAGCGUAGUGAGCGUCGGUCGCACGUCGUUCGGCUGCUCGCGAAGAUGCCCACACUCGCCGCGUGGUCGUAUCGCCACUCGAUGGGCUUGCCGCUCGUCUACCCGGACAACGACCUCAGCUACACGGGCAACUUCCUGUCGAUGAUCAAGAAGAUGUCGGAGUUGAAGUACCAGCCGCACAAGGUUCUGGAGCGCGCGCUGGACGUCCUCUUCAUUCUUCACGCCGACCACGAGCAGAACUGUUCGACCAGCACGAUGCGUGCGGUUGGUUCCUCCCGCGUCGACCCGUACUCGGCCGUUUCGGCGGCCUCAUCGGCGCUGUACGGCCCGCUUCACGGUGGUGCCAACGAAGCCGUUUUGCGGAUGCUCCGGAAGAUCGGUCACGUCGACAACAUUCCGAAGUUCAUCAAGGGCGUGAAGAACCGCGAAGAGCGGCUCAUGGGCUUUGGCCACCGCGUCUACAAGAGCUACGACCCGCGCGCUUCGGCGAUCAAGAAACUCGCGAACGAGGUCUUCGACCUUACGGGCCGUAACCCGCUGCUCGAUGUCGCGUUGGAGCUGGAACGAAUCGCGCUCGAGGACGACUUCUUCAUCUCGAGGAAGCUGUACCCGAACGUCGAUUUCUACUCGGGCCUCAUCUACGACGAUGGCUUCCCGACCGCCAUGUUCACGGUGCUCUUCGCCAUCCCGCGCGUCGCGGGUUGGUUGGCGCAAUGGAACGAGUUGGUGGAGGACAACGAGCAGAAGAUCGCGCGUCCGCGCCAGGUCUACCUCGGCGCCAGUGCGCGAGAUUACGUGCCGCUCAACCGCCGCGAUUAG